CUCAGAGCCUAGAAUGACCAAGACUUAUGGAUAACGUGAUCGGAUUCGACACCCAGCAUUCGUGACUCUGGCUGAAACACUCAUGAAUAACGUGAUCAGAUUCCAAGCCCAGUAAUCGUGACUCGUGCCAGUUGCACCAUCUGAACCUGCAGAACGUUCUGUAUCACAAUACCCAAUAUUCUUCAGAAGAGGACGCAUUCGCUUUGUGCUUCGGAGAAUGUGGCUGAAAACGGGUGCGGACAAUCGGCCUCAGCGUGACACGAAUGCAUGCGGCCAGUACGCUUUUAGACUCGUGGCUCCGCCGAACAAUAUCUCUCGACUUGUGACGUGCGUACAUCGAUCUCCUUCGGUCCGUGAUCGGUUAUCGCAGCAGGCCCUGGGACUGCCAACUCGCCGCUCCAGACCUUUUGACUGCCUUUUUGUUGUCUGAUCCGCCAGAGGCAAGGCGUGCGAACCCGUCACGAGAAUAUUAGCAAAGACUCG